AUGGAAGGUCGACAAGGCAUCAAGCACACCGGCUCUUGGGUCGCCCCUCUGAUCCAACCCAGACUUAGUGAGUUCAUCAGAAUCGAGUUGACGGAGUACGGCUGGUUCAGCACCAAUCAGGACAACGCUGAAGUCGCAAGCAACGUCACUCACCUGUUUCUCUCACUGUAUGUUCGGGCUGGGCACAGUGAGGCCUUUCACGUCUUGUUCGAUGGACAAGCACAAACGGACUUCGCUCUGGAGAUCUCUACCAAGUUUCUGAGUCUUGACCCCGCGCCGAACGACCCAAAUCUCCGAUCUUUCGUCGGCAGCAUUUUCAGCUUCUACCAGGACAUCUUCUGGGAACAGAGGAUUGAGCCAGGGUUACUCGAGGUCAACCUUUGCCAGUCGGCCAGCGAUGGCUCAUCCGUCAGCGAUAACUCCUCCGUCAUCUCUGACAUCCAAGACAACAAGCUGAUUUCAAACACCGAAGCCAUCUUGGUCGAAUUCUUCAAGUUCCCCGGCGAAAUCAGAAACAUGAUCUACAAGGAAAUUUUGAUCGCCCCAGAGGGCACCCGCCUCCGAAGCUUCACCCCGCCGCCCCUCCUCUGCGCAAGUAGGCGGAGCCAAAUCGCCCAGCCAGGACUGAAGAACCUCCCUCUACCUCCACCCUGGUCACAAUUCGUCAGGGCCUGUAUCAGAGUCGCAGGACAUAAUCACCGGGAAGAGUCCGCUGCGGAGGCAAGGUGGAUGAUCAACGAGAAUAUUCGUAAAGACUGA